CGCAGUGUUACUUCCCUUGCAGUACAGUAAUCACUGCCUUCACAAAUAUCACGUGAUGAUAGAAACGGCACGUGAUUGCAAUUUACAAAAUGGACGGAACACCUUUAAAAGAAAUUCCAGCAACAUGUUUCAUUUGUUUAGAAAAUAAACGAUUUUAUUCCAUAAAAGGAAAAAAUGCAAAACGUUCGAUACAUGUCUGAAUAGCUAACAACACAUCCAUGUUGAUAUUGUAAUUUGUAAAUCCUACUUUCAAUUUGAAAAAAGACCGAACAUUUCCGAAUGUUUUUUUUAAUUGUUAUUUUUUUAUAAAACAUAUUAUGCCUAUCAACUGGCGUAAAGUAAUUAUUUAAGAAAGGAUAUAAGAAUAAAUAUAUAUGAUUAAAAAAAUGCCAUUAAAAGUUUUCAUCCAAUUUUGGAUGAAAAUCUUGUGGUGGCAGUGAUUACUGUACUGCAAGGGAAGUAACACUGCGCGGAGUUUGCCCGAAUGUAACCACAAAUGCCAACACUACGAAAUGAAUAUUUUUUCUCACAGAUUUCUGCGGGAAGCAAUGUCAUAUUUAGAAAAGUUGAACAGUAAUUUACAAUGUAUCCAUUUAAUUAACAAUUACAUGUACAUGCAGAACCAUGGCAUUUCGCCAGCAUUCCAAAAUGUGCAAUCGUUUGAAUGUUUUGAGAACACAAUUUCGUAUGCAUUGAAUUGGUAAUUCACAAGGUCAAUUGAUUCCAACACUUGUAUGAAACUUUGACAUGGCCUUACAAUUGAAGAACCUUAGGAGGUCACAUGCUUUAUCAGUGUCUAAAUACAGCUGUGAAUAUUUCAUUAAUGCCACAAGGCAAAUCUCCAUAGGGCUGUGUUCUAGAUUGCAACUACAUGAAUGUGAUGGGAUUUUAAAACAAUUGGAAUCCAGUAAGUCUGCUAAAGAGUUUGAUACUGUAUCUGUAGAUAGGACUUCUGAGAUUUGUGGUUUAUUAGAACAUGUCAAAGAGUGGAAACUGGCAGAUUUAAAAUUGAUGUGUCAUUUACCUCCUUCCAUGAAACUUCCAACAUCACUUAAACAACAGAGAUAUUGGGAAGAAAACCUUCUUUCACAGCCUCAUUAUUCUUUCAAUGUUCAUAGAAGAGGGUUCAAAAGUUGUGCUACCAAAUGCCCCUUAUUGAUAGAUGUGGAUUUGCAGAUACAUUCUCGAGCCAUGUCAACAGAAAUAAAUGACAGGGUAAACAAUAAGGGGACAUUAUUAAGUCAGGAGGUAAGCCAGGAUGCUCGAGCGAUAUUUCAUGCUGCAGUGUCGGCGGUUUACCCACCACAGAUGCUGAGAAAGUCACUUCAAGUGUCUAAAGAUGGAUCAGAGGUGACAGUUAAUGGAAGGAAUUACUCACUGAAAAACAACGUGCAUGUGGUCGGGUUUGGGAAGGCCGUGUCUGGGAUGGCACGAGCUCUCGAGGAUCUCAUUGGGCCACACAUUGUCAAUGGCAUCAUCAGUAUUCCUUACGGAACUAAAGAUCUGUUCAUGAGCAUUGGAAAACAAGACCUUUAUGUGCGAGAGGACAGCAAGAUCCGUGUGUGUGAGGGAGCUACGAACAACAUCCCAGACAAGCUCGCCCAAACAACAGCAGAGUCCAUCCUCCAGCUUGCCAAGAACCUCACAGACAAUGACAUUCUUGUUGUACUUAUAUCAGGAGGUGGUUCCUCCCUGCUGCCAUCCCCCAUCCCCCCUGUCACCUUGGACGAUCUGAUCCAGCUCACCUAUGUGGUACAGGGGGCGGGGGGAUCCAUAGGGGAACUCAACACACUCAGACAGAAUGUGGAGCAACUCAAGGGUGGUGGACUGGCCAGAAUUGCCAAACCGGCAAAGGUAUUGUCCUUAAUCCUGUCCGAUGUGAUAGAAGAUAAGUUGGACAUUAUCAGUAGUGGACCUACAGCCCCUCUGUACAGUUCUGCCCGGCAAUGUCUACAGGUCCUGGAGAGACUCGGGGUCAAGGACAAAGUCCCGGAAACCAUCAGGACUGUACUUAACCAGAGAGCCCUGGACAGAAAAUCAGAGCAGACAAUGCCCCAGCACCAAGUGCCGUUCGAGGACCAAAUGUCCCAUGUCCAAAAUGUUAUAAUCGGUAGCAACACAAUAGCCACAGAGGCAGCAGUCAUGAAGGCUGAGGCCAUGGGUUAUGUUCCGGUCAUCCUUACUAACAAUUUACAGGGAGAGGCAAGAGAGGCUGCAGAUAUCUUCGUACAGCUGGCUCAGUACAUGAUGCUGGCCUACGGGGACCACCGGGGGGACCAGUCUGUUGUUCUCACAGAGACUGAGCUCCGUCUAAUUGGUCGUGGACUCACCAAGUCAGACAUGAGACGCCUUGAAUUCGCCCUCACCAAAGCUCAGAACAGUCGCAGUGCAGUGUGUAUCAUUAGUGGUGGGGAGACAACUGUUCAGAUGACGGGAAACGGCAAAGGUGGAAGAAGUCAGGAGAUGGCUCUCGCCUUUGGCAUUAAACUCAACCAACUAAUGACAGAUAAAGGCAGCUCACUGAAAGUGUACCCAAAUUUUCACAUUGAGUUUCUCAGUGCUGGAACUGAUGGACAGGACGGCCCUACAGAUGCCGCAGGGGCAGUUGUAGGCAAGGGUUUUGUUGCAAAGGCAAUGGAACAAGGUGUGGAUGUGACCUCUUUCCUCGCUAACAAUGACUCAUACUCUCUCUUCAAGUCUCUGUCUCAGGAUGACUGCCUCAUUCACACUGGUCUUACAGGAACUAAUGUGAUGGAUAUUCAGAUACUUAUUGUAAAACGCAUUGAGGUAUAAAAAAAUAAAAAUAAAAUUAUUCCAUUGAUGAAUGACCAGUUCUUUCAAUAUUAACCUUUUUGCAAGAAAUAUUUAUUACCAAUAAAGCUGAUUUUUUUAUACUGUUUGAAAUAAAUUUGCGACCUUAUAAAGAUUAUUUAAAUUGAUUAAAUUGCACAAUGAUGGUUACAAAAACUGUCAUGUCUAAAGAAUAUAGCUGUUGAAAUGUGUGUUCUUGGUAAAUUUAUAUGGAACAAAAGUAAUAAGUAGUGAUAUGUAGGGGGCAAGAGGCAUUAUCAUUUAUGUUAUACAGCGUAAUGGGUUGCCCGUUUAUGUUUUAUAGCAUUUUAAUAGUUCCUGAUAGCUCUACGCAUUGCCAUAUUUUUCAAACAUUCAUUUUUCAUGUAUAAUAGACGAUCAUUAUACAACUUUUCAUAACAUUAUUCACCAUUACAACUUGUUUGUAUUUAAAGCAGAGAAAUUUCACAAUUGCUAUGCAUAUAAAGAUAAUUGAAUACAUUUCUUAUAACUGCUAUUUAUAGUGUGUGUUUUUUCAUAACAGAAAGUGGAACAAUGGUGACAUAAACAUAAAAAACUUCAGUAAUUUCCUUGCAUUAUCUUUCUUUAUUUAAAACAUUAUGUCUUGAUAUGCUGAUGAAA